CUUGAAUGUAUGCGCAGUGGAUUGGUUUCCUUUGAUCAGUUGUCUUUGUUUUUGUUGUUUUUGUUGUUGUUGUUGUCUUUUUGUUUGCCUCGAAACUCAUCAACAAACCCAGAAUCCCAUUGUCUUUUGCGUGUAGGCUUCCUUCCGACUUAUCGACAACAAUUGCCAAAGACGGUCAACAGCAGCUUAUCUAGGUUCUACUACUCCCUCGUGACCCUUCAACUUCAGUCCCCCCUCCCACUCAGUCCCCCUUCUUCUUCUUCUUCUCCAACCAACCAACCGUCUUCUGAUGUUCUCGACCGACACACCACCUCAGUCAAGAAGGAAAUCAUUCAAAGCAUUCACCAAACAACUCGUCAAUCCACUCCAGAGGGUCCAACAGCAAGAUCAACAGCUUCAACCAUCAAGCUCCAUGUCAGAUCGUACAGCUGAUAACCAGCAGCAACAACCCCAAAAUACUAACUCAACCCAGCAAUCUCAAUCUGAUCGCAACCAGCAACUACCCCCAUCUGCCUCUCUCAUCUUAGGUCAAACAGCAAAGAUCAACCCACGCCUGCCCAGGCCGAGCGCAUCAACCAUCACCCUCAGCUCGGUUCCAUACAGCUACGCCUACGGUGCUGCGGGCUCACCUCCACAACCUGCUCCCAAAAAAUCAUACAACUCUGCUCAAACUGUCGACACCACCGACUCAAUCAGUCCUCGCAGUCGGAGCUCACGUGGCCGUCAGACUGCCCUACACCCUGACGAUAUGUCUGUCGCCAGCGUAUCCUCCGAGAAGACCGGAUCUGAACCUGCUCAGAUACGCUACGCCCGUCUCAACCAACGCCUACAGAAUACCGGUUCGGCCAACGCGCCCACUCAAGUCCCACCACCCAAGGUCAUCGUACCCAAACCUAACUCAACUCAUCUCAACGAUACCUCCGUCAACAUUGCAUCUGCCUUCGAACGUGCUCAGUUGGCUUCGCGCUUGAACAAAAAUCACAAUCCACCUCAGAAAUCCACUCAACAGAGUGCUAAUAAUAAUCAUACCCGUCCUGAAAAUAUUCAAUCCUCUUAUGAUCGCCAAAAUCUGAACCCCUCAAACAAUCAGGAUGAUCAAUAUACCACCAGUGAACUCAACCAAACCCACCAAACAAACAAAAAGCGCAAGAAGGGUCGUCGGUCCAUCGAUCCCAGCUAUAAGUAUCGACCGGGCGACUCUGCCACGAGUGACAGUGAGGCCGGUGAGGGAAUAGCUGACAAACGCCUCCGACGAGAGAAAAAGGCUCGUCUCGAACAAGAGAAACUUGAAGCUCAGACAGGUACUUCCAAGAAGCGAGCAAUCUCCAAACGCAGGAGAACCACCUCACGUCGAUCGAAUGGCUCGGAUGAUCUGACCGAUAGUGACCUAGAUACCGGUCCAGGUAUUGCAGCAACACGGGGUCGUAGAAUUCCAAAGGAGAGCCAACCAGGCAAUGCGUCGGACACGUCUAAUAAUGUUAACCGCAGGAAUAAUGGCGUGUCGCGCAAGAAGGGCACGUUAAACAACCAGAGGAUCGGUGAUCAGUCAGAUACAAAUGACGAUGAUAUUCCUGAAGGAGGAUUUAUCCGCCCAAAGAAACCAACUAACCAGAAUCUAGAUACCGAUGUCACCCCGCAUGCCAGAAAUCAACAUCCAUCAGCUACCUUCUUUCUCUCCGACCCUGAAGCCUCUCAGCCCCCCGAGGAAGGUGAGCGCAAUCAGUCAAACGAUCAAGAUAUGACUGUAGCUACCACGGAGAGUAGUCGCUCGGCGUUGAGGCUCAGUGGUGACAGCUACGACUUUGCAGAGGAGGAACGGAUAGUCAAAGCUCUUGGGGAUAAAACCCGCCAACAGCGCCCGCUAGCGGCGGAGACUUCGAUUGGUGAUGGCUCAACCUCUGACUAUCAUCGACAGGAGUCGUCCUCUAAUUCCGGCUGGGCUGGCUCGAGUCGUGAUCGGAUUCGCUCCGACGAACAUGCUCGUCGGAGCGAUUCUGGCAUGAGAGAGAUCGAAGAAAUUAUCGCCUCGAGUCGCCAGACUGCUCAUUCCAGGCCCGAAAAACCUAGGGUCCUUCCACUACCCAUCCCUCAUCAAAAGAACCCCAUCUCAACGAUCGUCGAAGAGACCCAUUCUGAGCUUCGUAAAGAAUCAGACACCUCGUUGUUUCACUCCAUUCCUGAAAGUCUGGGCACGAAAUGGGGCAAACAGUUUACCUCACUCUUAUCGCACCUCUUCCGAGCUGAAUUUUGGAACCGUUUUACGUGGCUUGUGUUGUUGGGCUCCAUCGCAUUCGCCCUUUUGAUCAACUCGUAUAAGACAGGCGAUCUUAAUAUUCCGUUACUCUCUCUAUUUUCCUCAUCCAAGCGAACGUCGCCGACAUUUUCUGCGCCUACGACGGAAAUCCAAAACCUAGCCGAACUGAUCGAAAGACUCAAGAGUCUUGAAUCUGUUGUCAGCACGAUCUCAGUUGAACAACGACAAGAUUCGAAAAACCUCCAACAGAGUCUGGUUCGGGACAAGAGAGAGUUGGACUACAAGGUGGGAAAAUUGGAGUUGAAAUUAGAAGAGGAGGAGAAAGUCCGAGGUGGAUUGGAAGAUAAAGUACAGAGGAAGGUUGAUCAAGGCGUGAAGGGUUUGAGAAGCGAUUUGGAGAGCGUUAUCAUCGGACAUCGACAUGAUCAUGGUCAACUUGAGAAGAUCAAGCAGACCGUCGAAGGCCUUGGUGGAAGAAUUGAGUCGUUGGAUAACUCGAAUUCCAACUCAGUCACCAGAGAGGAGGCCCGCGUGAUGAUCGAACAGCUAUGGUCAAUCAAAGGCCGCGAUGGACCGGGCGAUCCGGAGAAGUUAAAGCAGGCAGUUUUGAAGGCCACCUUGAAGCAAAUUGGUCAGGAAGGAUACGUGACGAAGACGGAGAUCGGCAAGCUAUUGGAGAGCGAAUUGCAAACGAUGGGGAUGGGAUUCGAGCUGCAACUAGACUCGAAACUAGAGAAGAUCCGGCAAGAACUGCAAGCGCCCCGUUCACGCACACGAAACCUGGAUGGUUCUGUUGGUGGGGAAGUACUGGAUAGCGUACAGGGGAUGAUCGAGGAAGCGAUUGAGCGAUACUCGCAGGAUGGAAUCGGCAAGCGAGACUUUGCGCUCUACAGCGGAGGGGCAAGAGUGAUCCCACAACUGACGUCGAAGACCUACGAGAUUUCUGUCAAGACCUGGAGCCAGAAAUUCAUCGGUCUGAUCACCGGUGCCGAAUCGGUCAUCCGCGGUCGGGGGCCAAUCACCGCCUUGAGUCCGGAGGUCGAACUCGGCAAGUGUUGGCCGAUUGCUGGACAACAAGGCCACCUGGCCGUCUACCUCUCCCGGAAGAUCCUGGUGACUGAGGUCUCGAUCGAACACGUCUCGAAAUCCUUGGCUUAUGAGCUCGACUCGGCGCCCAGAGAGAUCGAGGUCUGGUCAAUCGAGGACUCCACGAAGCUGCUGGAUAUCGUCUAUGAUCCUAAUCUUCCCUCCAGGAUUCAGACUUUCAAGGUCCCUGCUCAAUUUAACUAUCUCUCCUCAUUCGAAAACCAAGAUGAUCAUGAUGUCCCAUCAUCGUCUUCCUCGUCGAAAAACGAGCCACCGACCGAUAGCCCCUCUGUUCAAACUCCUAUCCUAAGACAAGGUAUCCUCUUCAAAAUCAAAUCAAACCAUGGUAACCCUUAUUAUACUUGCAUUUAUAGGCUCAGAGUACACGGAUUAAUGGAAUCCGAAUUGAACUUAAAAUAAACCUAUUUUUUUUCUUCCUACCCUUUUUUCUCUCCUCCUUUUUCCUCAUCUCUCUUUUUUUUCUUUUCUUUUUGUCGCUUUCCUUUUUUUUUUUUUUUUUCUUUGCAGAG